UCUUCAAAAAUUCCUCUCUCUAUAAUCCCAUCCUUUGUCACUGUCUCUCUCAACGGCGUCAUUUUGAAAUUUUCCCUGUCGUUGAGCUGCAAUAACCCUUCACUUUUUGGCGUUCGUAUUUCCUCCAUGCGGUUGUUGAGUUUCUCCUUUCAUUCUCACCAAAACCUUACUCUUUUUCAAGCUUUCCCUGCUUUUCAAUCACUGUUUCCUCGCGAUUUUAGAUUUGAUAGAAUUUGAAGUUUGUGGAAAUGUUCUAGGCUGUUUAAAUCUUAGAUCCAUGGUGGGUUUCUUUGAAUUUCAAGGUAGAAGUAUAAAACUGGUCUCUUAAGAAUGGCAUCUGGAAGUCCUUAUUUUGAUGAUUUGCGGAGCAAACCAGAGGUUAUUGAUCCUCCUCAGAAUGAAGAUAUGAUGGAUAUCAGAGAAACUGUGGACCAUCCAAUUCAAAAUGAACUUAAACCGAACGUUGCUGUUUCCAGCAGUGUUCGUGAGCUUUUGGAAUGUCCAGUGUGUUUGAAUGCAAUGUACCCUCCGAUACAUCAGUGUUCAAAUGGACACACACUGUGCUCUGGUUGCAAGCCUCGGGUGCAUAAUCGCUGCCCUACGUGUAGGCAUGAACUUGGCAAUAUUAGAUGCCUUGCAUUGGAGAAGGUGGCGGCAUCUCUAGAACUUCCGUGUAAAUAUCAUACCUAUGGUUGCAUUGGCAUAUAUCCAUAUUACAGCAAGGUUAAACAUGAAUCCCAAUGUGUUUAUAGACCAUAUAGCUGUCCAUAUGCUGGUUCCGAAUGUUCAGUCGUCGGUGACAUACCCUAUUUGGUGGCCCACCUGAAAGAUGAUCAUAAGGUAGACAUGCAUAGUGGAAGCACAUUCAACCAUCGUUAUGUAAAAUCAAAUCCUCAAGAAGUUGAAAAUGCAACAUGGAUGCUAACGGUUUUCAGUUGCUUUGGUCAGUACUUUUGUCUGCAUUUCGAAGCUUUCCAGCUUGGGAUGGCUCCAGUAUACAUAGCUUUUUUACGGUUCAUGGGCGACGAUAAUGAUGCAAAGAACUACAGCUAUAGUCUUGAGGUAGGUGGAAAUGGGAGGAAGAUGGUAUGGCAAGGAGUGCCCAGAAGCAUCAGGGACAGCCAUCGGAAAGUUCGGGACAGUUUCGAUGGGCUCAUUAUCCAGCGCAACAUGGCUCUCUUCUUCUCCGGUGGGGAUAGGAAGGAACUAAAGCUUAGGGUGACGGGUAGAAUUUGGAAAGAACAGUGAUACUGGUAGAAAUUGCUGAGUAGGAACUAUCUCUUCAAAUUCUAUCUUCUUUUGGACAGUAGGUUUGGUUACCUUUUUGUAGAGUAGGUGAGGCUUUUUAAUCAUGUGUUUCUGUUUUUAAUUAAGAUGCAAACACUCUUUGCUCUUGCAUGAAACCAUGAUUUAUAAGAACUCUCCCCCAUAAUUGUCAAUGCAGAACUUACUCCUCA